ACCCAAACUUCCAUUCGAAGUUUUUCUCUAACGAACGUGCCAUCCACCUUCCUUAUCUCACGUCACUCACUCCAACAACUCUCACUGACACCGCCGCUACUCGCCACCAUGCACGGAGGCGGAGGAGACUUCCCGUCGCCGCAGCCCCCAAACAGCGGCGAGUAUCUCCUCUCUCUCAUCCAGAGACCCCACCACCACCACCACCCACAACAACCAACCGCGCCGCCGCCACCUCAACAAUCACCGGCCAUCGAUCCGGCCGUCGCAUUCAUGGGCCCUUCGAUCCCCGUCGCCGCGUCCCCAUGGCAAUCCAACGGCCUCGAUCAUCCCCAGCCUCAUCCUCAUCACCACCACCAUCAUCAGCAUCUUCCUCCAUGGUCACACACUCCCCCUUCACCUUACCCGCCGCAAAGCUUCUUCGGGUUGCCCCAUAACCCGUUUCCCCAACCUCGCCCCACCGGAAACCACUACCCCGCCGCCGCUGCCCAACUUCACUACAACAGCGGCGCUGCUCUCAGUGACGAUCUGCGCAGAUUAGGGUUUCCAAUUGAAGGAAACGAUAAAAGCACUUUCGUUCAGCAACAGGAACUGAAGUUGAAGUUCGGGUCUCUACCCUCUGUUUCGUAUGCUUCUUCCCCUGAAGUUCCAUCCAAUGGCGAUUCCUUACCCAAUUUGAAGUUCGAUAAUGGGUUUGAUAGGAACUUGCACGUUGACCCCAAAAGUGGUCCGAAUAACCAUGGUGUUGUUGGGGGUUAUAGGGUUUUAGGGUCAGCUCCUGAAACAACUAGACCACCACCACCACCUGGGUUUGGGAACAAGUCAAGGGGAACAGGCUAUUGGGGUUCUGGCACGACUAGAAAGGGUUCAGAGGUUGGUGAGGAUAGAGGGUUAGCGGUUGGUUCAGGUGAAUUUGGUGCUAGGAAUGAGAACUUGCACUCUAAGAAGGAAAGUGGAAGAAUGGGGUCUGGUGGAAGGAGUAACACCAGAGGCAAUGUGGCACGUGAAGUGGGGCUCCCUGAUCAGAUUGAUCACCCUGGGCCGCCGUCCGGGAGUAACCUCCAUUCGGGCUUGGGUUCCGGUAUUGAAGAGUCUAGGUCUAGUUUAAACCGGGUCGGCGUUGUUGAAGAUGGUGUUAGUGAUAAGCAUAUGGGAGUUGGUAGCCGAGGUGGAGCUGAUGUUGAUCUCCUUGGGGAGCAGAUUGUUGAGUCCUUGCUGCUUGAGGAUGAGUCUGAUGACAAGAAUAAUAACUCGAAGCAACGCCGUACCCCUCGGGAGAAGGAUGCUAGAUUAUUAGACUCAAGAGGAGAGCAGAUGCUAAGCCAGCGGGGAAGAAUGUAUAAGAGACAGAUGAUGUGCCGAAGGGACAUUGAUAGUUUUAAUGGUUCUUUCCUUGCAAUAUAUGAAUCCUUAAUACCUCCUGAAGAAGAAAAGCUGAAGCAAAAGCAAUUAUUAGGUGUACUGGAGAAUUUAGUUAGCAAGGAGUGGCCGACUUCCAAGCUUUAUCUGUAUGGAUCAUGUGCUAAUUCAUUUGGUGUUUCAAAAAGUGACAUUGAUGUUUGCCUUGCUAUUAAGGAAGCAGAGGACAAAUCUAAGAUUAUAAUGAAAUUGGCAGAUAUUUUGCAAUCAGAUAACCUGCAGAAUGUGCAGGCGUUGACACGAGCUAGGGUUCCUAUAGUAAAGCUCAUGGACCCAGCUACAGGAAUCUCUUGUGACAUAUGCGUCAACAAUAUCCUCGCUGUUGUAAAUACAAAGCUUCUUCGGGAUUAUGGACUCAUUGAUGCAAGGUUACGGCAGCUGGCUUUUAUUAUUAAACAUUGGGCUAAGUCAAGAGGAGUGAAUGAAACUUAUCAUGGGACCUUAUCUAGCUAUGCGUAUGUGUUGAUGUGCAUCCAUUUUUUACAACUGCGAAGACCUGCUAUCCUUCCAUGCUUACAGGAGAUGGAGUCAACAUACUCUGUGACUGUGGAUGAUACUUAUUGUUCUUACUUUGACCAAGUUGACCGCCUUUGUAAUUUUGGUCGAAAUAACAAAGAGACUAUUGCUCGUCUUGUGUGGGGAUUUUUCUAUUAUUGGGCCUAUUGUCAUGAUUAUGCAAAUACUGUUAUAUCUGUACGUACAGGAAGUAUACUCAGCAAGCGAGAGAAGGAUUGGACAAGAAGGAUUGGUAAUGAUCGCCAUUUGAUAUGCAUAGAAGAUCCUUUUGAAACUUCUCAUGAUCUGGGUCGAGUGGUAGAUAAACGUAGCAUCAAAGUUCUGAGGGAAGAGUUUGAACGUGCUGCUGAUAUUAUGCAAAAUGAUCCAAAUCCAUGUAUCAAACUUUUUGAGCCUUAUGUUCGUAGUUGAUUUAUGUGUGAUGUAAUGGAAAGUGAGCUUGUAAAGCUUCUUUUUCGACAUUUCAUGUAUUAAGCUCCUGUCAUGUUUAUAGUUGUAUUUAUUAGGGUUUUAAUCAUAUCAUCUCCAUGUAAAGAACUUCUGGGUUUGAUCUUUUGUUGGAGAUGCAGAAUGAGGUUCAUGUUACCAAUUUAGUCAAAUAUUUUAUAAUACCAAUUGAAUCGACUUCAUGCUUUA